UCAGUUGAAGAAUCGUUUCCACACGGACACUAUUUACAGACGGACCGCAAACAUGGCGUCUUACAACAAGUUAUCAAAGCUGAAAACCAAAAUAUAAAUAUAUGAAUUUAAAUCGAAACAGUUGCCAAAAGAUAUUGUAGCUUCAAGACAUGGGGCUUAUAAGGCACGUCGUGUGUGCCAUGUCAGGAGGCGUUGACAGCUCUGUGGCCGCGCUAUUAUUGAAGAGACGAGGUUAUAGUGUGACAGGAGUGUUUAUGAAGAACUGGGAUUCUUUGGACGAGUCAGGCGUGUGUACUUCAGAUAAGGACUGUGAAGAUGCUUACAAAGUGUGUCAAACUCUAGACAUUCCCUUUCACCAAGUGUCCUACGUCAAAGAGUACUGGCAUGAGGUUUUUACUAAUUUAUUAAAAGAAUACCAGAAAGGAAGAACUCCAAAUCCAGACAUUAUGUGCAAUAAGAAUAUCAAAUUCAACCAUUUCUACAAAUAUGCCAUAGACACUUUAGGUGCUGAUGCAAUGGCAACCGGACACUAUGCCAGGACCUCCCAAGAAGACGAAGAAAUAUUUCAACAGACGUUCUCCUCUCCUCCAACCAAACUGUUCAGGGACAGAUUCGAGAUCAGAAAUCCUGUUAGGUUGCACCAAGGAGCAGACCUAUUCAAAGACCAGACCUUCUUCCUAAGUCAAAUCCCACAGGAUGCACUCAGACACACUAUGUUCCCACUGGCUGGACUCACUAAAGAUUUUGUCAGAAAAAUAGCUGCUGAGGCAGGUCUCCACCAUGUACUGCAGAAGAAAGAGAGUAUGGGUAUUUGCUUUAUUGGAGAAAGGAAUUUUGAAAAUUUCAUUUUAGAGUAUCUUGAGCCUAAACCAGGAAACUUUGUAUCUAUUGAAGAUGGUUCAGUAAAAGGAAACCAUAAAGGCUGGUUUACAUUGACACUGGGACAGAGAGCAAGAAUAGGAGGCCAGAGGGACCCCUGGUUUGUUGUGGACAAAGACAUAGCUACAGGAGAUGUGAUGGUGGCUCCAACCACCAAUCACCCUUCUCUUUUUCGAGACACAUUAAAGACUGAUCGUUUUCAUUGGAUUACGAUGGAGCCGCCUCGUGAAUUGGCCCUGACCAAGAUGAUGGAGUGUCAUUUCCGCUUCAUUCAUCAGAUGCCACUCAUUCGGUGCACUGUAACUCUGAACAUGGAUGGUACUGUUUGGAUCUCACUGUCUGAACCUGUCAGAGCUCUUACACCAGGACAGUUUGCAGUGCUGUAUAAAGGUGAUGAGUGCCUGGGUAGUGGAAAGAUCCUCCAGUUGGGUCCGAGUCAGUUCACUCUGCAGCGUGGUCGGGAGCGGCUGUUAGCGGCCACACAACUAAAAGAGCCCAGUCAGGAGCCAGUCAGCUAAGAGAAAGAUCCACCAAGAAACCACUAAGGUGCAUUUUGAUCAUUGGUUGUUCCGCCUAAGGCCAGUGAAGCCAGUAUAAAUGUUUCAGCAUCUAAAACAGGCACUGGUUCCAAGACAAACUGUUUCCGUCUAAUGUAUUUAUGCUAACCUUCCUGAACAAUGAUUGGUGCAUCCUUUUUAUAGAGCCAUAACUUUUUUUUGUCAAAGUCUCCUGUUUUUAUAAACAUUUGAUGGACUUACAUAAGAUUCAAAGGGCUUCUGCCGUGAGCUUGGACAUUUUUUUUACACUUCAUACAAAAACUGCUGGAGUUGUUGUACUUAACUGUUUUUGACAUUUUUCUAAACCUUGAAUAUAACAGAAACCAUUGGAUUCAUUUCAAAAGUAUUUUAUCAGAUGCUAAAAUCUGUAUUAAAACUUGACAGAGUAAUUUAAUUUAAUUUAACUGUUAGAAUCAUUUCUUUGUCUGCCUUAAAGAUGUUGGCCCCUAAAUAGGGACCUGUAAGUCCAGCUAAACUGACACUACUGCAAAUAAAAAGAGGGCUUUUAAAUGUUUUAUAACAAUAAAAUAUUUAUAAUGU